CGGGCGAAGGAGAUCCGCGCGCGGAGGCGGACGAUGAUGUACGCCUGCCGCCAGUGGUCGGAGGGCGUCUGCGGAUACGAUGCGAUCGACGAGGUCGACGAGGUCGAGCCGCACUCGCAUUAUGGCGACGACCCGUCCCCGAACUACGAAGAGCACCAGCGGGACCAACGCGCAGGCGCGCACGCCGCGUCCGGCCUUCUCUUCGACGAAGACGCCCAGCUGCACUUCGCGCUCGCCGACCCAUGCUUCCACACGCCCUCGCUCCCGCCGCUCCCCUCCCGCUCUCGCCCGCUCCCCCACCCGCGCCCGCGCCCCGCCCUGCGCGCGCCGGUGUCUGCGUCCGCGAACACGCUCACGUUCCUCGCGCUCGCGUCUCCCACGACGACUGCGCGCCCCGAGGACUCGGUGCACUUCUUUCCGAUCCCGGCCAACCGCGGCUCGAGCUCCGAUGCGCCCGCGAGCGCGGGGUUCGGCCUGGGGUGGAAGAGGAUCGCGAACAGGCUGGUCGGAGGCGCGCGGUCGCGGUCGCGGCGCGAGUGAACGGCACCGCCCGUGCUGACCUGUCCCCGCCUGCUUUCUUGUCGCCCCGCGCUCGCUGUGUAGAUUUUGGAUCGGCCCGCCUCGGGGCCCUGCGCCGGCACAGGGCACCUUCUUUUCCCUCUGUCACGCUUCUGCUCGCUUCCCCGCCGUCCCGCAGACGCUCAUGUCCGCCCAUCGCCCAUAUCUGUUCAUCAUCUCACCUCAUCUCCACCCUCAUCUUCAUGCUCCUCCAUCGGGCCGUCGCUCGUCAUCCUCCUUCCUUACUUUCUUUUACACGACACGCCCUCUUACGACCGCGAGACGACCCGCACGACCUAUCCCGUCCCGCCAUACCGCGACUGCGGCUGUUGUACCUAAUAUAAUACAUACCCUCCGCCCCCUCCUUUUCUCUCCCCGCCCCCCACGCUCGAUCUCCACAGCAUCCAACACCCGUAUAUACAUGCUCCCCCGUUCCCGUCUCUUUCCCAUCCCGACCGUCUCUCCCGGUCGACGUGUACAUCCCAUCUCCAUCCCCACCUGCAUCCAUACAUCCCAUCCACGUCCUCGCUCUCUGCCCUCUCCUUUGACCUCCCUGCGCUCUUUCACUCUGUGUAUGCGUGUAUCGCGACGGCCCCAUUUGUGCUCAUAUAUCUUCAUCUCCUUUUUUAUUUUCCUUUUCCUUUCUUUGUGCCUGUACAUAUAACGCAGCGGCUGGCGAGCUCGUCAAAAUGCAGCAUCCCACAUCUUCCAUAGACCACGUAUGGCAUGCCCCUGCCGAUGGCCCGUUUAGUCCAGUUCAAUUCAGUUCGAUUUAGUUGGCGCUGCCGCGGUUACUGACGUCUAUGUAUAGUAUAUUCAUACUUGCGGAGCGGUGCUAAUAGAUACGGCGGGGUCGGCAUCUCCACCUCUUCCUCUCCCUGAGCCGUUCUUGGACUGGCAUGCGCGCAGCAUGUGAACGCGGAUGCUUUUGUUGGGCCGUCCAGCCGCUUCCGGCUUGUCGCUCAUCGGGAAAGGGGGCGUAGAUAGCCAGCAGUCGCAAGACGUGAUGAUCAGGAGUCAGGACAGCGACCUGAUCAGAUGGUCGAUGACGGCUUCCCAUCCCAUCCCAAUCCAUCCCAAUACAACAGCGAACGGAAACAUGUCCGGCCUCCUCAAGCAAGUUGCGAGCGCAUACGCGCUAGCCGCAUCGAGCAUGCAUCGAUGCGUCCCCGCAGGUCCCCGCCCGCCUACCUUCUCCUUCCCCGCACGCUCCGGCGGCGCGCAUCCACCCGCGAACCAGACCAACGACCCGACCGACCGAGGGAUGCAUCCUGGCCCCGAAUACCGGAGAACUCGCGGUAGCGCAUCACACGUCGUGUUCGACGAACGGACACCCGCCCGCCCGCCCCCGCAGUGCCUGGGAGCGAUGGAAGUCGCAGGCGGCGGCGUGAGGUCGACCGGUGCGGCGUACCCAGAUGGCUUGCGCCACCUCGAGCGCUCGCAUUCGGCGCGGCAGGUUAGAAAAGGGAUCGGUGAUCCUCGCGAAUUUGCUCGAUGCGGCGUCGAGCUGCCUGCCGCGUCGCGAUCCCCGCACGGCCAGCCGACUGCCCGAAGCAGAGUCCAGAUGCGCGACAUGACAUACGUAGCGAAGCGCGAUGUGCGAUGUGUGUGCGAAGCCGGGCUCGACGGUGACGCGAUGACAGCGGGGAUCUUAGCUUCUCCCGCGUUCGGGUUCCCUCGAGCUCUUCUCCGACUCCUUCGAGCCACUCGGAAUCCUUCUCCGCGCCUUUCGUGGGCCACGUCGAUCCCUCGGACGAGCCGCGUAAUUACGGAGAGCGCGAAGGCGAAGACGUACAGAGGCAUAGAAGUCGAGCGGGUUGACAGCUCGGGCGCAAAUGAGAGGAGAGGAGAGGAGAGGAGAGGAGAGGAGGUGAAGUGCGGAGAGUGCGGGGCUCCUGCGCCACGGUGCUCACGCUGGUUCCACACGCUAGAAGCAGACGUCCGCGUCGAGACUCGGAAACGCGACGGCGCAUGCCGCGCGAGAGAAGACAAGAAGGCGGCCGACAACAGGGGGGGUCGACAACGGGAGAAGGCAAACGAGCGGGAAGCGUUACCGGAUGCGCGCAGUUGGCUGGGGGAUCCGCGCGGGCGAGACACCGGUGGGCCUUCCAGUCGAGAGCCUGGGCGCCUGCAAAGUACAACGGCUUCGGGGCUGCCGUUUUGCGCACCGGAAGUGGGGGUUUGCAUCCUAGUACAUGAAAUGUCCGAGGUCCCCGCCAUCUUGGGACUUCUUGGAAUCGCGGUGGGGAUGCCAAUUCAGCACAUAUUACUGAGGGGUACCGAGUGGGGAGGAGGAAAAGUGGACUUUGAGGAGGGGAUCUGA